AUGCUAGGGAAACUACGCUCCAGCUUCUCCCAUCGAGACAAGAAACGAGCGUGUGACACGAGUGCGCCCCCGAGGAGCAAUGAGAAGUUGUCUGUUGGCUCCCGCUUGGAUUGGAUUCGAAGGAAAAGCUCUGGCUCCAUCGCGCCCCUUUCUUCCUAUCGUCCCUCCAAUACGAGUUUGAGUUCAGACGAUGAAGCAAGCGGUUCCUUCACAAACUUCGAGGCCGAUGCCCUUGGUCUCCAUGUCAUUCACGAGCCAGAUACGAGGCCGGUCGCCGACAUUAUCUUUGUACAUGGUCUCGGAGGCCAUAGUUACAAAACCUGGUCCAAAGACCACAAUACAGACUUCUUCUGGCCGGGACUGUGGCUUCCGAAAGACCCGAAGAUUGGAAAGGCGAGGCUAUUCACUUAUGGCUACGACUCUCAAUUGUGUGGUGCCAAAAGUGUCUCAAAUAUCAUGGGAUUCGCAAGGUCAUUGUUGUUCGACAUGCGGUACAGCAGAGGCGAUCAAGAACACAGCCUUGGGAUAGGCCAAGCUCCCAUCAUCUUUGUCGCUCAUUCUAUGGGUGGCCUGGUGGUCAAGAAGGCUUAUCUUUUGGCCCAGAGCGAUAAAAAUUGUCGGGAUUUGGCCCAGUCAAUCUCUGGUAUCGUUUUCCUGUCGACACCUCAUCGCGGAACGUCUCUCGCCCAUGUCCUGAACCUAAUCCUGAAGUUGCUACUCCAACACGAGAAAUCGUACAUCAAGGACUUGGAAUCGAAUUCUCCAGCAAUAGAAGAUAUAAAUGAGCAAUUCCGUCAUUUUGCGCCAAAUCUUUCGGUUAUCUCAUUCUACGAGGAACGAUACACUCUUGUGGCACACCAGCCAGUUAUGAUCGUACCCAGGGAUUCUGCCAUCCUGGGCUGUGAAAACGAUGAGCCACGUGGCCUUGCUGCGAACCACCACACAGUAUGCAAGUUUGAAAAUGACAGAGAUGAAAAGUUUAGGAUAGUUCGAGAUACACUGAAAGGUCUCGUGGAGAAAUUCAGCCAAAGUCUCUUCAAAGCUACUGGUGGUAGGACCACAGAUGUGAGUGAGGCCGUCAGAAAGCUCCUCGCUGUGUCCAGCGCUCACGUUGACGACCUCAAUACUCUUCGAAAACGAUGGGUUGCGGGAAGCUGUGAGUGGGUUUUAAAGGGCUCUGCAAUGCAGGUUUGGUUGUCCAACCCCUCCGAUUCCCAUCUGAUAUGGUACCAUGCACCACCAGCCCAUGGGAAGUCGGUGCUCUCGAGUUACGUCGUCAACCAUCUCCAAUCGAACGGUUACGAUUGUCAAUAUUGCUUCUUCAGCUAUGGAGAUCAAACGCGAAGAUCCAUCAGCGAAAUGUUGAAAUGUCUGGCGUAUCAGAUAUCUUGCAUUAUGCCCGAAUACAGGGAAGAGAUUCUCGCAGCCUCGGCCGAAGGCUUUCGGUUUGACAACAGGAAUCAUCGUUGGCUCUGGCGAAAGCUGUUCGAGAAUCUCUUGUUUUCCAAAACACCCGAUCGCCCUCUCUUCUGGGUCAUAGACGGCCUUGACGAAUCAGAGUCUCCUAAGACAGUCGUCGAACUGCUGCAAGAACUUCUUUUGAGCUCAAGAGCCAAAAUGAAAAUAUUUGUUACCAGUCGACGGACAGAGGCCCUCGCAUUGACAUUUAAAAAGCUCGAGCGAGCUCUCAAGAUCAGCGUCAUUGACGGAGAAGAGGGACAGAAGCAUAAUGCUCAAGACAUCAAGCUUCUUGUUGACAGAGAACUUGAAGAUUUGCCCGGCAGUACGGCUCACAAGGAACGACUCCGGCUUGAGAUUCUACAACGCGCAAGAGGCAACUUCUUGUGGGUAAGCCUCGUCCUUGAAGAACUGCAAAACUGUCAGACGGAAAGCGCAACUUGGCUCGCCCUAGAACAAAUACCUGGGGAUAUGACAAAAAUGUACGAACGGAUGCAGCUUUUGAUCACCGACAGGAAAGAUGAGGAUCGCGUCAAGUUGGCGAAGGAAUUACUACAAUGGGUUAUUUGCGCACCACGCCCCCUAACGUUGGACGAGUUGCAACACGCCAUAAGCAAAGACUAUCCUGAUAUACUGGAUCUGAAGAGGACUAUCCGCGAUGUCUGCGGGCAAUUUAUCGUUAUCGACAGCACCAACCAUGUCACCACUGUACACCAGACUGUACGAGACUUUCUGACGAAGGCCUCCAGAAGUUCAAUUGCCAUUGACCGGCAAAGUGCGAACAGCACGCUCCUGGUGAAGAGCCUUUCCGGUCUUCGUAGCCCUGGCUUGCGAAUUGCGGCGUCCAGUGCGAGAAGAGGACUACAGGCCCUAGAAGAGCUCGAAUCUAAGCAUCCUUUUACAAUUUAUUCGGCGACCUCCUGGGUCUAUCACCUCGGUUAUGCCGACCCUGUUUCUGACGAAGUGCUCGACGAGCUGGAAAAAUUCCUCAACAGUCCUUUUGUACUUGAUUGGAUCUACCUUCUUGCAAUGCUUCACCAAGUCAGGACCUUGGCCAGGGUAGGAAAAGCACUUCUCAGCUUUGUUGCCAGCAAUCGCAGCCUCAAUAGCCUGCGGAAUCCCAUGCUCCACCGGCUCUCUACGCUUGAGCUUCUAGAGGACUGGGCGGUCGACUUGGUGAGAAUAACAGCCAAAUUCAAUAAGCAUCUGAUCGAUCAGCCCGAUUCCAUCUACGAGAUAAUUCCAGCCGUAUGCCCUCCGAAAUCCGUACUCCACCGUCAGUUCUACCGGCACAAGCAGUCCAAAGUUAUGGUGUCUGGUCAAAAUGACUCGUGGAACGACGUCUUCUCUCGUUUUGCACUUCCCCAGGACGAGGUUGCCCUGAAGAUUGUGUCUUCAGGGCCUUAUCUGGCUGUGCUCACCCAAGGCGGUACUGUGUACGUAUGGGGUUCCGCUGACUUUGGAGAGGUGUGCACGCUCCAUCAUGGUGAGUCCGUGACAGGCUUCAGUAUGAACGACAAGGGCGACCUGCUCGUAACCUACGGCCUGAAGACCACAAAGGUUUGGGAGAUUCCUGCUGCCACGGUCCGUCUGCAAGUUCCGAACGCAGGAAACACCAAAGCAAUGUCACUCGUCUUUGCGAUGAGCGACCAACGAAUCUUGGCUGCGACAGACGACAGGUCAAUAAGAUUCCUGCAAAUCACAGAAAACGUGCCCGCGUGGGAGAUUCUGGACGAGUCUUUACUCAAAGAGAAGACUCAAGCCGACUCAGUGAUUAUCAACAGUCCGAAUCGCAUGAUAAUUAACGCAACUGGGACGCAGGUUGGAGUUUGCUAUAGGUCGUUUCCUCUCACAGUCUGGGACUUGAACACCACAUUACCCAUUGGUCGUUGCAUGAGGCCAACCGCUAGCCUAGACCGUGCCGCGACCUCUGCGCAAACUUGGUUCCCCGUGGAACUUUUCGCAUGGAAUCCUGUUACCGGUCAUAUCAUUGGCUGGUACAAGGGCAACACCCUUUUCAAAUGGCACCCGUUGACAGAUGAAAACCAUGAAGUCUCAGCCUCUGUGGACGAAUUGAUCGCAAGCCCCAACGGCAAAGUGUUUGUGACAAGCGACAGCAAUGGGACAGUCAAGGUCUGGAACUUUGCAUAUUUCACCGUCAUCUACCAACUUUCAUCAGGAGACUUGGUCAGUGGAUUAUACUUCAGCCCAGAUUCAACGCGAUUUUAUGAUAUCCGAGGAUCCACUAUCACUGCGUGGGAACCCAGUGGCUUAACCCGGCUUGCGGAAUCAGAAGAGACUUUCAGCGAUACCGCUAGUGAUGAGCAGCGUGGCACGCUCAUUUCUCAUGUAUCCGAGGCGGAUGCCCCACAAUAUCCAAGUCUUACCGCUCUCUCUGCGGCUCCAGGUGGCAUGUGGUAUGUGACUGGGAAUGACGACGGCGAGAUCUACCUUGCGGAUACGCAAGCCACGUUCCAGAUGGAACUGACACGCUUCCACAACUUUCAAUGUGUUAGUCAUCUCAUCUGGGGUCCAAGUGGCGGAAUUGUCGUUGCCGCUGACCUUGCCGCUGACGUCCGAAUAAUUCAGAUCGACAACACAACCUCAGGACGUCUCAAGUCGACAGAUGUUCGGCACUUGGAACGUCCCAAAUUGACCCUCGAAGGCGGUGCUAUCCAUCAAAUGCUGCUAAAUUUUUCAUCACGGCUGCUUCUUGUCAUCAGCGACAGCCUUGCUCAGAUAUGGGACAUUGUCGACUCCAUCAUAAAGACUUCUACUCCAAUGGCUUGCGCUUCUCAGCAGGGUUGGCUAGAUCAUCCUACCGAUCAUGAGCUGUUCUUGGGAGUUGGGCCUGAACACAUCAGGAUAUAUCAAUGGUCCAGUUUACAACAAAUACACCAUUUCAGGCUCAGCAGCGCAGUUUCAUCUCUGGUGAGACAGCCGACCUCUAUUUCUCUAUUGGACGAAACAGUCAGUAGUGUACAUGCAAAUGCACUGUCAAGCGCGAGACAAGAACCGGUUACCAAAAUUAGCAAAGUUCUGCUCACCCAAGAUAGUAAGCACAUGCUGGUGUAUCUCAAGGAAUACAUACCGAAGACUAGCGUUCAGAAAAAUCUUCUUAUUUUAGAAGUGAAAGCACUGGAUACAGCUACAGAUCAGGGCAAGGGAGCUGUGCUUGAAUACGUACAGAUUCAGAGACAUCUCGCAGACAAGAUUGAAGUACCCUUGGGAAUCUUGCCAGGAGAGCAGCUGGUCUUCUUUGAUCGGGACUAUUGGCUUUGCUCGGUGGACUUAACCAGACAAUCAGAUACGGAUUUCACGCGCCACUACUUCAUCCCAAGGGAUUGGACAAGCGUUGACGGUCUGGCACAGAGCUUAAUAUUACAAGAAGGGACGUUGCUUUGUAUCCAGGAAGGCAGUGUUGUAACAGUCAGAAGCAAUUUUGGUGGUAUCGAUGCUUAA